UAUAAUUAUUGCCAGAAUGGAAUUCAGCGAGAAGGAAUUGGUUCAAAAGAAACCAGCACUUAGGCUCCUGAAGAACGUAAACUCAUUACAGCCUGUGAAAAUUAAUGGUUGUAGUUUACUAAUCCAUGGUGAGAAGGUUCCUUCAAAAGCCAAAAAUGUACAGCCUCUCCACCUGCCAUCUGCACAAUUGAUUGUGAGAAACACAUGCGCUAUUGAUAGCUUCUGUCAAGUCCUGGCAUCAGCAGCAACGGACAGCAGUGACUACCUGAGCAAUAUGCAGUCGCAGAUUCAAGGUAAUGACUCCAGUACUUCAUCAAUUUGGCUCAUAAUUCCCGAUGUAAUGGAAGAGAAAUCAAAGCCAAAACUUACCAGAUGCGAGAACAAAUAUUGGCACAGUACUGCAUUGCAUGUCAAGGGUUCUACUUGAGAAUUUUUAUGAAGUUUCAGUCCAGGACAACAGCUCGAGAUAUUUUAAAAAAUGUCCUCAAACAUUCUCCAACUGAAAUCGAAGAGCACAAAUGAAAAGCACGCUGCAGUGGCAACAACCACAAGGUAACCAGGGCCUCUGUUUGUUUGAAUUUGGUGGAUGCUGACCAAAAAGCACAAACGGUUGAACCAAAAUUUACUGUAUUUUAUCACCUGAUGGGGGGGCAACUAGGGGCUCCCUUGGCCCCUGUACUGUACCUCACUCCUGCGAGGACCCAUUCUCUUGCUUAAAAAGUGUGCACAAGCGAUUAAGCCGAAAAUUGGGUUGUUUUGACUAUUUAAGGGGGAUAGCAUUUCCCGAGUCCCCUAACCUGUUUCAGGCUUUCGCGAAUAAUUUUGAAGAGUGCUCAAACGGUGAAAGUACAUGCACAUGUGUGCACAUUCGACAUCCGAAGCACAAACGGUUCCAAAUUUACUGUAUAAAUACUGUAUAACGGGGGGCAACCAUUCUCUUUGCCCCUGUACUGUACCUCACUCCUGCAACGACCCAUUUUCUUGCUUAAAAAGUGCACAAACGUUUCAUGUACGUGCACAUUCGUGCACAAACGAUGGUUGAUGCUCAAAUGGCCAUUAUGAUAGGUGGGGGGCCCAGGACAUGUACGUCUGCAAAUUAAUGUAGAAAGAGCAGUUUGGGAUUGUGAAGAAGGCCAUUAAUGAGUUGUAGCCUACAGUUAUGAACUUUAAAAAAUUGGAAAUGUGAUUAAAACCCUAAAAGAUUAUGCAAUGCAUAUUACAUGUUGAAAAUUGGUUUGUGGGAAGCAAUGUUUGGUAAUUCUAAAAUAUUAAUUCACUGUACUUAAUAGUUUUUACCCAAUGAUUAAUGACGAAACAGGGAAUAUAUGAAAUUUGAAUUAACAUUUGUUCUUCCAUCAAAUAUAUUAUGAAUAUCUACACACAUUCAGCUGUGGUAGAUAAUUAUUGUGAAUUUUCGUCGAAAUUUUUUUGAAUAUUUUCAAGUGUUUAUUUGUUGUUGGCUAUUGAAAUGAGUAAUAGCUAUUAAUGUGAAAAAUUGAUAACUUGACUCUAUUUUGGACAGUUAAAAAAAAAAACAAAUUUAAGAAGAGAAGUUUUGGGCUUGUGCCUGUUUUUGCAUUUUAAUAUUGUGAUGUUUUAACCUAAUUGAUAAAUGAAUAUAUGGACAUAUAUGAAUAUAUUCACACUUGAGAAAAAACGCAAAACGUAUUUUAUCGUUAUUUAAAAUAAUUGUACAGUGGUAUUAAAAUGUCUGAAUUUUGAUUUUUUUUAACUCUUUCUCAUUAUUCAAACUAAUCUCAUCUUAUCCAUCCACAUAGUAGUGCUGUACCAAGUACUGAUAAGUAAGCUAUUAUGAUACAUCUCUAAUAUAAUUUUGACUUUAAGUUUCUUAUGCAAGAUUAUAUAUUUUUACAAGAA